AUGGCGUCUCCACGCUCGUCGGGUACAGCCGGCCGAGAUUCACCAAAUCCAAGCUUUAAUGAACCUUUUCAAUUUGACGAGCAGAAAUUGUUGUCUAAUGCUGCUAACCCUGAGAAACAAGAAUUGUAUGUUUUUAAUUGGUUGGCAAAUUUAGAAAGAGAGUUAAAAAGAACUGACAAGCCGCUAAUUGUUCGUCUGGAAGCAAUUAAUACAAUCACCAGGACACUCGAAGGAGCAGCUAAAGGAGCAACGGAAUUACUUGUAAAGGACAUUAUGAAACAAUUAAAGGCCGGAUUAAACGACAAAGCCCUGAUAAUCAAAGACGCAACUAUCAAGAUGGUCAGAGUACUUGAUGGCUCUAAUCAAACUAUCCGCCGUUCUGUAGCUGCAUAUAUAUCGACUUUACUUGAAGGGACACAAGGCGAAGUAGACUUUUUAGCAUCUUCAACUCCGAAUAAAAAUAAAACAUCCACAACGUCACAUCCUAAUACGCAUUCGUCGCAAACACCUGGAAGUCCCACUCUCAGCUCUUCACCGGAUCCUGUUAAGGUUGUGUUAUCUGUUGAAGAGAUGUUAUCUCAUUUGUCCUCAAUUUACAAUAAACAUUCUGCGCGAGAGGUGCGUUCUGCAAUUAUUGAAGCCUAUUCAGCUCUCUUUAUUAAAUUGGGAACUAAAUAUGUGGAACUAAAUUAUGCGGAGAUUGCUCGACAUUUAUUGAAAGAACUCGUGUCCCAUCCCAAAAAUAUGAACUCUCGAUAUGAUACGCUCAAUGUACGUGAACAUUGUGGACUGCUGUUACGUGAUGUUAUUGUAACAGCUGUUCGAGAGUUAGUACAAAAUUGGGUCAAACAAUGGCCAGCAUCGACACAUAAUCAAGUUGAACCAACGAAAUUGUCUCUAGUAUGUGCUGUCAAUGAGAUAUCUGGAUUAUUGCUAGACUUAGGGGGAGCUGCUAGCACUGUUUCGGAUGUACUUGUAGAUCCAUUGAUUAAUCUUUUAAGCCACCCAACUUACUCUGUACAAAUUGCAGCUGCAUGGUGUCUUCGAUGUCUUUGUUAUUCCUUACCUGUCAAAUUAUCAGAACUUAUUACAAAAGUUCUUUCCUUUGUCAACAAAGACUUAAACAACUUAACGACACACUCUAUUUCAUCGGAUUUACCGAAACGGGCGUUGGGUCAUGCUUAUGGAUUAGCAGCACUUUUAAGUGUAGUGCCUGCUCGGCCACUUUAUGUCUCGUUUGAAUUAAGCGCGCGCGUGUUCUCUAUUUCAACGCAACUUAUCAAAUCGAGUACUAACAAAGAUAUUGCAAUUGCUAGUAUUCAUUUGCAAGUUGCAUGGAUUCUUAUAGGCUCCUUAAUGUGUCUAGGGCCUAAUUUUGUUAAAUUACAUCUUCCACAAUUACUUUUGUUGUGGAAAACAGCCUUACCCAAACCAGUUUCUAAAGAUUUCGUGUCUAAUCGUACAGAAUCUGAGUUGGCAUUCAUGUUACAUGUACGAGAAUGUGUUUUAGGAGCUAUGCUUAGCUGUGUAUUACACAAUUCUAAAUUGAUAACUCCUGAUGUAGCUAAACGACUGGUUGCUCUGUUGAGCAAUACUCUAGCUUUUUCAACUUUAGUUGGUACUUCAUUUCAUAACGUCAAUACACAAAGCAAUUCUACUACAUCAGUUGCGCAACAACUACCUUCAACUUCAUUAAAAUUUUCUGACCGUGAAAUUAUGUUAAAACGGAGAAUACUCCAAUGUUUUGUUGCAAUUAGGCCGAUAUCUUCCUACGAUAAUCUUAGUUCACAACUCCUGAAAAUGUGUUUAUCAAAUUUUGCGGAUCCGGAAAAAAACAUUGGUUCUGCCAUCACAGCUGCUAUUGCUGCAGUGUCAGGAUCUUUUACCAAUGUCUGGACUACUGGUGAUGAAUAUGCCUAUGGUGUUAGUAGUAGGUUACAGGGAAUGACUGUUGACAUUGCAAAUGUGAUUGAUAGUGAUCAGGGUGAAAAUAGCCGCGGAGUUGCGGUAAAAGAUUGGCUUAAUCGAGAUCUGAUUGAAAGCCGUCUAGAAAAUCAGCUUGAACAACCAAUAAUUGGGGCUCCAGAAUAUGAUUCCAUAAUGAUUUACACUACAUACUGGAUAUCACCUGUGAAUUCAGUCACAUAUCAAAUACCAAAGCCUGUUCCAGCUGCAUCAGCGUUAGUGGAUUAUAGCAUUGAUCUUUUUGCAUUAAUUUUUCCAUUACAAAGCGCGCUUGUGCAAGAAUCAUAUUUGGAACAAUUGAUUAAAGCAGUGAGACAUCCAAAAUUGGAAAAAAGCCCAGGAAGAAAGAUGGCCCUUCAAGUAAAUAUGGUUAUAUGUUUAUUGGCCAUAUUCAAAAAUAUCAUGAAUAUUUCUGGAAAGAAAGGAGAAGCUUCAGUACCCAGUAUAGCAGAUAAAAAAGUUGGGGCUUUAGCUAUGGAGUUAUUACAAGAGGCGAUAGUUCAUCCAGAUGCAUAUUUGCGUCAUGCUGCUAGCGAUGCAUUAGGGCGUCUGUUGAGUGUUGUAGGUGGUAAUAUGGUUCCAACACAAAUGCAACUUCUCGUCGACCAAGUGGUCAACAACCGUGAUCCAGACACGCGUGCUGGAAGUGCACUGGCUCUUGGUAGUAUUUAUAGUCAUGUUGGUGGUAUGGCUGCAGGAGGGCAUCUUAAAACUUUGAUCGGAAUUUUACUAUCGCUUAGCAGUGAUCCACAUCCCAUUGUACAUUUUUGGGCACUUCAUGCUUUAGCAAAGAUUAUUGACUCUGCUGGACCAAUGUUUUCACAAUAUGUGAGUAGUACUUUAGGCAUUAUUGCUAAACUUUAUAUGGCUGAUACUCACGAACCAUGCGGUGGUACGGUUGGUACUACGAAUGUUGGGUCAGGCUUAUCCGCAUAUCAGCAAUUUGGUAAAAUUAUAUAUGGGCUGAUUGGUACAUUGGGACCAGAAUUACAAACAAAUUCGAAAGUUAGAAAUCUCUGUUUAAAUUUGGUGAUUGAACUUCGAAAUGAUGACGAUCAAUUUGUUGUUGUUGAAUCAAUACGUUGCCUCCAACAUUUCAUUAUGCUUGCACAACAAUACGUAGAUUUACCAAGAUUAGUUGCAUUCUUGCAAUUUCAAUUUUCAAGUAUGCAUUUUCCUUUGAAGGAAGUUGCUAUUACAUGUCUCUACCAAUUAGUCCAACGUAAUGCUAAGCAUGUGUUUGAGAUUGCCGCUCCUGGAUUGGAUAAUCAGCUGUUUUCGCUGUUAGACACAGACCCUAAAGUUGAUGGUGUGAAAGAUAUUGUUAAAAGUUGGUUAAGUCAGACGGCUCUUGAAAGUCCUUCAUCAUGGGUUGAAUUAUGUCGUAAGGUUAUGUCAAAAACUGGAUCUGUAGCAAGUGCAGGUGCACCUAUUGAGCCACCAACGUUAGAUAUUACUGGCGAUGGUGGUGACGAAGAUGAAGGAUUUGGUAUUGAACAAUCUUCCGGUGUUAAUGUUGCUGCACAGAGACGUCGGAGUCUUGAGAAAAAAACCCACCUCUCAUCUGACACCGUGCAAAUACCACCCAGAUGGCGAACACAACUUUUUGCACUUCAAUGCCUUCACCACGUUGUUGAAAUUAUCCAUGCUAGUGGGGAUAAAGAUCAUUUUGAUCUUGCAAUUGCUAAAAAGGGCAAACAAGCUGGUAAAGAUUAUCUAGUUUUAAAAGUAGCAGAGCUUAUUAAAAUGGCUUUUACGGCUUCAACAGCUGUAGUGGGUGAAAUGAGAUUAGAAGGUUUAACAUUGUUAAGAGAUUUGAUUGAGAAAUUUUCAGCAACUCCUGAUCCAGAUUUUGAGGAAGCGGCUCUUUUGGAACAGUAUCAAGCACAAAUAGGCGCGGCUCUUACGCCUGCUUUUACGGCUGAUUCAUCUCCAGAAAUCCUUUCAGCAGCUGUCAAAGUAUGUGCCGUAUUUGUUGGAAGUGGUAUUGUGAAAGAGUUACAUCGAAUGGGACGUAUAUUGAAACUACUAACCACGGCCUUAGCAAAUUGUAAAGAUAAUUCAAGUGUGACCAAAGUCGGUGAUUUUAAAGAUUUAAGUCCUCAUGCUGCAAUAAUGGUUAAACUUUCAGUAUUGAAUGCUUGGGCAGAACUUCAAGUCGCCAGCACUAAACAAACUUAUCUGGUUCAAGUUGUUCAACCAAAUUUACCCUUACUUUGUCCUUUAUGGAUUUCAACAUUGAAAGAAUAUGCCAGAGUGCAGAUCGAACCUGAUAUUACUGAUGCCCAAGCCAAUAUUAUUGGCACUGGGCCAAUGCAGAGUACCUCUCAAACUGAAGUUUUUGAUUCUAUGUAUAGUGGUUUGGUCCAAAAGGAAAAUCCAUAUAUUAUUUUUGCGCUUAACGGAGAAGAAAUUACAACAAAUGACAAUACAAAUGAUAUCAACAAAUGUGAUGACGAUGAAUUUGAUGAUUUUGGUGAUGGCAAUAACGAGGUUUCUGACGAUUUUACUGCAUUUUCUCACGAGAAAGAACCAGAAUUUAAAAAAGAGCCUGCAAAAUACUUCUUUAUACUCUUCGGACUUUGUGUUGAAGCAUUAUCAAAUACAUUUGGUGGAAGUAGUAGAAGCAGUGGUAUUGGUAAUAAAGUUGAAAAUAAUGUUGAAAAUCAAAAGAUUGUUCGUACCUGUAUUGAUGCGCUUAAAGCCUUUUUGCGACCAGUAGUCGCAGGAAACACAUUUCUUGAUGAAUAUAUUUUUAUCGAGUUAAUUAAUUUAUUUGAUCGAUUGGUACUUACUGAAGGAUUUAAA